GAAAUGAGCUUCUGUAUUUUCAAGUAGUACGAAUCAACGUUCAGUUGGAAAUGUCCUUUGUGUUUUGUUGAAUGAUUCAACGAGAACAAAGUUGCGACGAAAUUUACGUGAUAGGCUAAUUAGAGAAGCGUGUCCAUACGUUUACGGUUGGAAAAAGUGAUUAUAUAUGAGGAUGACUCAAAAGAAUAUGCUUCCUGCAGCAUAGGGAGGCUCUUUCGAUUUUAUCGCGGUGCGCUCGUCGUCGGAACUGGCUAAUGCGGGCGCUGGAUUAUUGUUAGUUGCGCGAUUCAAGACCGCUACGUUAUAUUACCUUACGCAUAGCCCCGCCUCUAGACACGCGAUACAGCUGCGUUGGUAUUUUUGACAGCAGUUUGUCGUCGCCUGCUGUGCACAACGUUACUGCUAUGAAAUAGUGUCGUCAUCAACCGUCGUAUGACUGCACAAUAUUGUACGGAAGAACAAUAAUCCUCCAGGGUCGAAGAUAUGAUAAGAUGAAAUUUUAUAAAGCAAGCAGCUCUUAUCGGAUUGAAUAUUUGUACGGCGGAUCGUCAUCGACGAAAUAACUUCUGUAAAAUUCACCAUGACAACGGUGAUAUUCUACACCUAAGAAAGAAUAGAUAAGUGGGAUUUAUGCAUAAUGUUAUGAAAAUUGUUGGAUUAGAUAAAGAAUUUGCACAUUUUGCUAUCCACAAGGUCACAUAUAACCAAUUUGUACAAUACGCUUGAAGUUAGUCAAUAUAUACGUCAACAUAUACGUCACUUCUAAUCAUUUAUUCAGCGGCCUUCAUGUACUUCAUGUACUUUCAAUGGCAGAUGGCUAUAUAUACCAAUUAUAGAUUGGAAUACUGUGUUCUAACAAAUUGUUGAGAAGCUCCUUUACAAAGGACAAAAUAAAUAUGGCUUCUAGGCUGAAAAUGUUUGCCUUAUUGCUGUAUAAGAAUCUGAUUGUGCGCAAAAGACACUGGCGUACGAUAAUAUUCUUACAAACUUUGGUACCUAUUCUAUUGUUCUCAUUAUUACAAGCUGUAAGAGAUUAUAGUGUUAAAUCGCCAGUUAACAUAACGAAGAACAUACACUAUCCUAUACAAACGAAAGCUGAUUUGACUAAUAUUGAUCAUGACUUGACCAGACUAUAUUAUUUGCCAAAAAAUAAUUAUACAAUUAGAAUUAUGGAAUCCACAAGAUAUUGCCUCGGGCUUAUAUCUGAAAAUGUGAAAGGUUUCUCAAAUGAGACUGAAAUGGUAGACACUUAUACAUUGGUCCAAGCUGAAAAUCCACUGAUGACUGUUAUGGCGGUUGUUUUUGAACAGUAUGAGGGGAGAAACAUGAAGUACAAAAUUAGACAUUCUUGGAAGGUUCCAUAUAAUUUAUUCCAAACUUUUGAAGGUGAACAUCUGGGCGCAACACCUACUGCGUAUUUCGAUUUAAUCCCAUUUGCACAGAUCCAGAUGUGUGUAGAUGAAGCACUUAUAAACCAAAAAAUACCCGAUUACAUGUCCAACAUAAAGAUGUCAAUACAAAGAAUGCCUUAUCCACCACAUGUUAAAAUAGACGAUAGUGAUACAAUACUACGUGCAAUGAUUGCUACGUUUGCAGUUAUAAUUUUUAUUAUUCCACUUUGUGUCGAAGCCAGCUAUGCAGCUCAGGAGAAAUUUAUUGGUGUAAAUGUUUUAAUGGCGAUGAACGGCGUUAAACAGUUCUACAACUUGUUAAGCUGGCUGUUUAUAGGAAUAUUAUUUAGUAAUCUAUAUAUAAUACCAAUAAUCGCAUUGUUUAAGACUACUUUUAAUAAAGGAGUUGUCGUAGCCUACAUGCACUAUGGAAACGGGUUUAUAUUUUGGCUUCUAUUCACUGCGAAUAUUGCUCACCUUAUAUCUUUUGGCAUGCACAUUGCGGCAUAUUUUUCGAGACCACGUUUUGUGACAAUUGUCUUAUCGAUUACCUACAUAGCGGCGUUUGCACUUCAUGAGAACUUGUGGAACAGCGGAGCUUUUAGAGUUAUACCAUAUUUUGGUAUAAUAUUCCCGAAUAUUUUGUUCUAUAGAUUGUUUGAAGAAUCAAAUACGUAUGAAAGUAAACUGAUUGGCGUUCAGUGGGAUAGUUUUUUCGUCACCGGAAAUAUAGAAUACGGUAUGGUAGGAAGUACGGGUUUUAUAUUUCUCUUCUCAAUUUUGGGUGCUGUGAUACAUUUUACACUCGCGGUGUAUAUAAACGCUGUGUUCCCGGGGAAAUACGGGGUCCAGAAAGAUCCAUUCUAUUUUUUGAAAUGUAUGAAGAAGAAUAAAAUAUCUCUCGAUGAUGAAGCUGGCGAGUUGGAUUAUGAUAAAAUAGGCAAAGAAAAUUUUGAGCCGGUUCUAGGCAAUGCACUUAUACCUGGAAUACAAAUCCGCGAUCUUAAGAAGUCUUACACAACAAACUGGUUACGAAAACCUCAAGUCCACGCAUUAAGAGGGAUUUCCGUGGACUUUUACAAAGGAGAAAUUACUGCCCUAUUGGGACAUAACGGGGCGGGCAAAACUACGCUUAUGUCUAUAUUAACAGGCGUGACCGACCAAACGCAAGGAAAAGUAUUUAUAAACGGCAAAAAUAUAGUAGAGCAUUUAGAGAAUAUUAGAAACGAUCUGGGUUUGUGUCCUCAGGAGAACAUGGUUUUCCCAGAUUUAAACGUAUUCGAGCAGAUAGAAUUCAUUGGCUUGUUAAAAGCUGAGCGGAAGAGCAGGUACCAGAUCAGACAGGACGUCGAUCUUUUGCUUUCCAAACUAAAGCUUUCCGAGAAGAGGGAUUUUCUGCCUAGCAAACUUUCCGGCGGUCAACAGAGAAGAUUAUGCCUUGGGAUGGCACUCAUUGGCGAUGCUAGCAUUAUAAUUUUGGAUGAACCGACUUCGGGAAUGGAUCCUGAGACCAGAAGAGACACAUGGGAUAUGAUAUUGAAACUUAGGGGAGAAAAAACAAUAUUGAUUAGCACGCAUAAUAUGGAAGAGGCUGACAUACUUGGCGAUAGAAUCGCGAUAAUACAUAUAGGUCGCCUAAAGAGUUUUGGUACAGCGAUGUUUUUGAAGAAACAGCAUGGUCAUGGUCAUGUAGAAGUUACCUUAUCGAUCAAGUCCUGGUGUGAACCAGCGAAAAUCAUCAAUAAAUUUGACCCGAGAACGCAACAACUCAGCGUUGAUAGCGAGAAGAUGCUCCUGAGUGUACCAUACACUGCUUCUUUACCACGAUCGCUGGAUAGUGUAGAGAGCGAGAAGAAAAAGCUAGGAGUCACUGGAAUAAGCGUAUCAUUGAUUACAUUGGAACAAGUAUUUUUAAAGAUCGCAAAGAAUGAGGAUAAUGGAAAACAUCUUAACGAGCUGUUUACAGCACCAGUAGACAAAAUUAGAGGCAACGAGCUAUACUUGCAAUCAUUAUUGGCGUUGCUUUCCAAGAAGUUCACAUAUACGAGGAAAAACUUGGCCAACUUAUUGGCGAUGCUGAUGUUUCCUCUCCUGUCGAUACUUUUAAUAUCCUUAAGUUACAAUUUACCGAGUGACCCCACAAACAUUGUCCCGUUGAGACUUGACAUGUACAGAUAUCCGAAAGCUUUAUAUUCUUCUGACAACGAAACAAUCGGCCGGAUAUACGAGGACACCGUCAGUGAUUUCGGCGGGUCCGCAGACGCGGUUUUUGAUACGAGUGUUACAAACGCGCUUCUAAAUAUUUCCUUGAUUAAUAUCGCGGAGUAUCGUAACAACUAUAUCGUGUCCGCCGAAUUUAACUCCACUAUGAACGAGACAUUGGUGAACGGUUUUUAUUCCGGCAUUGCACUGCACGGUGUGCCGUUGACAGUGAAUCUCCUGAGUAAUACGCUGAUCAAGACUUUCGCCGACAAUAAACACUCGAUUGACGUGUCCAGGCAACAAUUGCCGAACACACUCGCCUCGACCAGAAUACAAAUGCCAGAAGCGGAGUCGCUUUCGCGAACUUUGCUGUUUUGCGCAUUCUUCUUCCCCACUGUGGCGAUCUACGUGGUACAUCCAUUGCAGGAAAAGGCAACGAAUGUUAAGCAACUUCAACGUAUGACAGGCGUCUCAACUGUGUCGUACUGGGGAACAAUGUUCACUGUCGAUUUUCUGAUAUAUACUAUGUCUGUGCUGAUAAUUGCUUUAGCAUAUUACAUUAUGGAUGUUAUUCUUGAUAUCCGUCUAUAUUAUAGAAUAGAAAUAAUCUCUACAAUAUUGCUUCUGGAAUUGUUCGGUAUUAAUGUUCUAUUUAUAGUGUACAUGUUCAGUUUUCUAUCCAAGUCAAGGAGCACGGUAAUAACUAUUUUGAGUCUGGCACCUCUCGGUCUCGUUAUAAUACAAUAUGUGCUACAUGAACUGAUACAUACUUUCGACAAUCUUAAAUUAUUACACAUUAUACAAAAAAGAAUGUUUCGACUAAUUCCUUACGUAAGUUUGUAUCACGGGCAUCUGGCCUUUUACAACAUAGCCAUGCAAAACGCGAGGUGUCGUCGUCUGCCGAAUAAACUUCAUGAAAUAACUUGUUUCGUCCGCGAUCCUUGCUGUGGCUUGGAUUGUUCAGACGGAGAAUGCAGAAAUCAAACCCCUUACUUUCAAAACUUCAAAGACGACAUUAACUUCGAGGAGUGCAUAUUGUAUCUCGGUCUAACGCCAAUUUUAUAUUUUACUAUAUUGCUGUGUCUGGAGGAGAAGCUGUUCCCGUUGAUAUUUAGGAAGGCCGUCAAACCGCAACUGAGGGACGCUUGCGACAAAAUGGACGAUCAAGUGAAGAAGGAGAAACAUGUGGUAGCGUUAGAAAUCAAUAAGAUAGCCAACAAAAGUAUAACCACAAACAUCGAGGUACAAAACCUUAAAGAGGAAUUUGCCGCUAAUAGAAAUAGCGAGAUAUUGCAAAGUCCAAUCAGUGAGGGCGACAGUCUAUUCUUGGUGUACGAAUUAAGCAAGUACUACGGCAAGCUGAUGGCCGUGAGAGAGAUCAGUUUUCGAGUGAAGGCACGGGAGUGUUUCGGACUGCUUGGCGUGAACGGUGCCGGGAAAAGCACGACUUUCAGAAUGCUAACUGGAGAAGAGACACCUAACAGCGGUAUAAUGUACUUAGGAAGAGCGAACAUUCAUUCGAACAGGAAAGAGUAUCUGUCCGAGAUGGGCUACUGUCCGCAAACCGACGCUUUAAUUCCUUCCCUGAACACUUUCGAUCAUUUACGACUGUUCGCUCGUCUCCGUGGCAUACCGAAGUCGAACGUGGAGUUGGAGGUCAACAAAUGGAUCAACAGACUGAACUUGACUGCUUACAUGUGGCAGCCAAGCGGUACUUACAGCGGCGGUAACAAGAGACGCUUGAAUAUCGCAAUGGCUCUUAUCGGUAAUCCUACUCUCGUGCUUCUGGACGAGCCUACCACCGGCGUCGAUCCCGCGGCCAGGAGAUCGCUGUGGAACACCUUGCAGUCUUGCCAGGCGGCUGGGCAAGCCAUUAUACUUACGUCGCACAGCAUGGAGGAAUGCGAGGCACUCUGCAAUCGCCUAGUCAUCAUGGUGAAGGGUCAGUUGGUUUGCAUCGGCGCGAGCCAGGAGCUGAAGCAACGAUUUGGAGCGGGUUACGAUAUUCACGUCAAACUGAAUCCGGAUCGCACGGACGAGGAAGCCGAGAGCAUCAAGAACAUCAUCGAGUCGAGUUUAACGUGCGACAUUCGAGACGAAAAUCUGGGGUUACUGGCCUACCAUGUAACCGAUUGCGACACAACGUGGGAAAAAAUGUACAACACGAUGGACGAUGUGAAGCGAAGGUACAAUUGCAUCGAGGAUUAUGCCGUGUUGUCGGCGACCUUAGAGCAGCUGUUUAUACAAUUCGCGAGAGGAGCUGAAGCACCGCCGCCGCCGCCUCAAGAAGAACCUUCAGAUCAUGCUAGUCAUGAAGAAACAGUAUAAGUGUGAUUUAUUAAAUGUUCCGAUAUUAUACCAAUAUUAUUCCGAUAUUAUAUGAACAAUGCAAUAAAAAUACGAUAAAACGCGUUUCGAUGAGUUAUCGAUUAGUCGCUCAAUGAAAUGACUUUUAGAUGUCGCUUUUAAUUUAUUUCGCGAAAUAAAAUUAUACAAAGAUAGAUAUUUUUCGUGUAAUACACUUAUGUAAAUAAUGUAUUUUUUCUCCCUGUAUACAUGUGAAGUAAAAGUAUUAAUUUA